AUGGCGUACCACAAUACCACGUACCAUAUCGCACUGAGCUUCACCGUCGUCGUCAUAGAAGAGGCUGGUGCAGUCAUCCAUCCCUGCUGGUGGUGGGGUGGGCUCACUCCUCGCGGCUCCGUGGGCCGCUCAUCAAACCGGUCACGCGGAGCCGGCUCACCGGCAUUCGAACUGGCUCAGCCUCAGUCCAGCGACACCGAGCCCAUGAGACAAUCAGCGACGCGUCGGAUCUUCGGGAUUAUCCGA